AUGAAGGCCCCUGCUUCGAUGUAUCCGGCUGACGAGCUGCAGUCGAAGCCAAAUUUUCGACAAGUGGGGAUAAAACCCACGGGGUUAGUUAUGCGAGGGGCGGCAGCACGCAGACAAGCUUCUCCAGACCCAAAUAUGAAAGUGUCAUCAAUUCCGUCCAAGUACGAGACGGUUCUGCAUCGUGAUCCGAAUGAACGCAAUGGUUUUGGCAAUCGGACGCAGCGUUUUGGCGAUUGCGAGAACGAGUUGCCUGGGCCCGGCCAUUAUUACAAACCGCCGAGUCUUGUACGCUCAACAAUAGAUUCGGGAUCGGUGUCUCGAUUGGGGUACAGCACAGGCUUCGUGUCCAAGUCAAAGCGAUUCAACGAGCAGGUCAAGCAGGUCGUACCAGGUCCUGGUCAAUACCAGCCAAACAGAGAUGAUCGUCAGACACAGAACAAGAAACACGGCAUGAGCAGCUUUGCUAACACGUCCACCCGCAGCAACAAUCAAAACUCAAAUAAUUAUGUUCCGGGACCUGGCGACUAUAAUGCAGAACAGCCAUCGUUGGCGUAUUCACAGAACGUCUCGAAGUCUGUUUUCUCUUCCAAAACGUCCCGAGGGUGGCAGAUUCCUACCGAGAUCCCUGCGCCAGGACAGUACGAGAAUCCCAUUCAGCUUGGGCGAUCUCUCCGCAGCAAUCGCUGUCCUCAUUCCGUGUUCAAAUCAUCGGUAAAACGUCUUGGGUCAGAUACAUAUUGUACCCCAGGUCCUGGAGCGUACAAUGCCGAAGAUGCAGAAAGUGCACUUCGAUAUGACCGGGUGGCAAGAGCUCACACAAGCGCUGCCUUCCGCGCUGGCAAUAUAGAUCGCUUCGGACGCAUGCCAGGAAAGAUUGUGACGGAUGGAGAACUUGGCCCAGGAACGUACGAAGUGUCGACUCUGGUUGAUAAGCUUGCGGAAAAGCAAGGUUCUGCUAGUGUGUUCAAGUCUAAAACGUCAAGGGCAGAAGGAAUGGGAGGAACGUUUAAGAAAGGGAGUGUACCAGGGCCAGCAUUUUACCAUCCUGAGAGCCCCGAAAAGCGAUCCCACUUACUUAAUGCGAACAAGAAAUGGCUGUAAAACUAUUGCAAUGCGCACGAUUCUGAAGUCAAGAUGAAAAGAGUGAAAUUGAGCUGUACAUUCAUGGAAAAAAAAUAUUAUUAAAACGAGUACGAAAGCACACCGUGCCGCUGAGCCAUUCCUUUGACU